UCCGGAAGCCCCCAGCUGCCGGCCGGAGUCCCCACCAGCCGCGCCCCCGCCGUCGGUCCGCCAUGGAGGUGCAGAAGGAGGCGCAACGCAUCAUGACCCUGUCGAUAUGGAAGAUGUACCAUUCGCGCAUGCAGCGCGGCGGUCUGCGUCUGCACCGGAGUCUGCAGCUGUCGCUCGUCAUGCGCAACGCUAGGGAGCUCUAUCUCUCGGCCAAGGUGGAAGCCCACGAACCCGAGAUGCUCUUGUCGCCCUCCGGCUCCCCAGAUCCUUGCCGGCACCCGCUAAGGGAAGCGGAAGCCGCAGCCGAAGCAGCGCCCCCCGACGGUGAGCAGCCCUCUCCAGAGCCCAAGGACAUCCAGGAGGCGCGGAGAGCCGAGGAGACCCUUGCCCGGUGUGACCCGCGCCCCGGCAAAGUGAACCGCAAGCGGCGGAGCUGCAGCCUGAGCGACGUCGGGGACGCCGGACUGGUUCCGAGCAAGAAAGCUCGUCUAGAAGAAGAGACAGAGAAGGAAGGGGAGUCUUCGGAGGUCUGUGAUCGCCUGCAGCCCCUUUCAGCGCAAGCGGAGGGCGCUUUCCCCAAUCUGGCUCGUGUCCUCCAGAGGCGCUUCUCCGGCCUACUGAACUGUAGCCCUGCAGCCCCACAGACGGCGCCGGCGGCGUGCGAGGCGAAGCCCGCCUGCCGCCCGGCGGACAGUAUGCUGAAUGUGCUUGUGCGGGCCGUGGUGGCCUUUUGAGGGACCCCGAGCGGCGCUGCCAGAGCACAAGAGUGCGCGCCGAAGAGUCGGCCGGAGUGCGCAGACCCGAGGCGAGGCCCACCCCCGAGGGAGCGCUCGCGGAAACUGUGGAGAGGAGCCGCCGCCCAGGCUGCUGAGAGCCCAGAGGGGGACUUUGUCCCUGGGGAGGCAUCGCCAUCUACGUGCAGCAGUGGCACCGGCGGCACCGAGAAGCCUGAGUCCGGGGCGCGGCCGCCUUCCCCCGAGACCUGCCGCGCCCACAGGUGCUGUCUAAACGGACUGGAUUCUGGACCUCCCCCUCUCCUUCCCGCACUGGGAGAAGGGAGGCAUGGUUAUUUCAAAUCCUCAGGGUCGGACUUAAUAAUACUAUCACCAUCUUUUUAAGCCAGGGGGAUGUGCUGCCCUUUCAAGGUAUUUCAGUAGUUGGUGUGUGUGCGUUUCCAACCUCGGAGAAUACCAGGCGCUCCCCUUCCCCCUCCAGUGACAUACUUGUGCAAGCGGUCAUCGUUGCGUCAUGGGGCGGACGUGGGGAGCUUCCUGUUGCCCUGCGUGGGUGUGGGGCCUGGGAGGAGGGCCUGGGGUGUGGACCGCCCCGGGGAGUGGGAGGAGGGCCUUCUGAGUCACUUCACCCCGGCGUUCUGUGGCUUAGUAUCCUGGGCCCCACUGCUGUGGAGGUGUGGGGGGGAGGGCUGCUCUAAUUUCAGAUUAAAAUCUUUCUUGUCUGGUGUGUUAAGAGGUGGGAAUAUAUUCCAUCUAGAGUGAUCCUCACAACUCGAAAGCUCUUGGUCUGAAUCAAGUUGGGGGUAGGAGGGGGAGUUCAGAGCGCUUUGCGGAGACGGUACCAAUUUGGGGGCGGGGAAGAUUCAUACUGUAGUGGACUCUGUUUACCUGGCCUUUUGCUAGAAACGCCAGAUAGGAAAAUAAAAACCAU